GUUGCUUGUCUGCUACUUGCUCAUCCGCAUUCAUCGGCUGAACUGACUAGUAGCUAGUCAUCGCUCCCAUUUCAUUUCUCCAAACUUCAUCUAGCCCGAGUCAAAUUUGAAUUUGAGUCGUUGGGGCCGAUUGCUCAGCUGUAUUGCGAACCACCCUAACUAACAUUCGGGCUUUUUUGUUUCGCCAUACUAGCUUGCGCUUACGAGCGAACCAACAUCCCUACCCUCCCCCCAACUGCCCCAGCAGCUAUUCCCGACUUCCCUGUACCCAUCGGAGAUUCCCCCUUUCUGAUGAAUCUCUCCCAAGCUAGCGGAGAACUCUUCGAUCAUGUCUAAAUUCGGCGUUCUAGUAAUGGGCCCCGCCGGCGCCGGCAAAACCACCUUCUGCAGCGCCGUGAUCCAACAACUCCAAACCACCCGACGCAGCUGCUUCUACGUGAAUCUGGACCCCGCGGCGGAGACAUUUGCCUACGAACCCGACCUCGACAUCCGGGAGCUGAUCACGCUGGAGGAUGUGAUGGAGGAGCUGGGGCUCGGCCCGAACGGCGGUUUGAUCUACUGCUUCGAGUUCCUGCUGCAGAACCUGGACUUCCUGACGGAAGCCCUUGACCCGCUGAGCGAGGAGUACCUGAUCAUAUUCGACAUGCCGGGCCAGAUCGAGCUGUACACACACAUCCCGCUGCUGCCGUCGCUGGUGCAGUUUCUGUCGCGCGCGGGACCCUUGAACAUUAAUCUCUGCGCGGCUUACCUGCUGGAGAGCACGUUUGUGGUGGACAAGGCGAAAUUUUUUGCGGGGACGCUGAGCGCGAUGUCCGCCAUGCUGAUGCUGGAGAUGCCGCAUGUGAAUAUCCUGACGAAGAUGGAUCAGGUGAAGGAUAUGAUCUCGCGCAAGGAGUUGAAGCGGUUUACGAAUGUGGAUGUGCAGCUGUUGCAGGCGGAUCAGGAUGCGCAGGAAGAGGAGGAUUCCGGUUUGCUGGUUCAGGGAGAAAACCCCGCUGACAAGGAGACCCUGAUGAGCGGCCGAUCGUUCAAUCAACUCAAUCGUGCCGUCGGCCAGCUCAUUGAUGACUUCAGUAUGGUCUCCUUCCUUAAGCUCGAUGUCCAGGAUGAGGAUAGCGUCGCCGCUGUCUUGAGUCAUAUCGACGAUGCCAUUCAGUACCAUGAAGCGCAGGAGCCGCGCGAGCCCAACGAUGCCCAAGAGGUCGACUACGAGGAUGGAGAUAUGUGAGGGGGGGGUGGCACGCGCCUAGGGAGGGGAACAUAGACAGGGCAAGAUGCGGGGCAGCGGGAUGCUUGCGGCCAGGGGGAUUUCUUUGAGGAAUGAAGAUUA